AAAUGUGCGUAGAAAUUCCUCAAACUCCAGAAUACAACAAAAUGGAUAUUUCCAACAAGAGACCAACCACCAUCGCUAGCUACAGCAUGAAGAAGCUGUUGAAACAGAUCUUCAAACAACAAAAAUCGAAGAAAAUUGCUGCCAACUCAAUGGACUCCCAAGAAUCCUUGGAGAAUAGCCGAAAAGCCAGUCUUGAAUCGGAUUGUUCGUCAUCGUCCAUGGAAUCCUUUGAAAAUGACAUCAAUGAACAAAUCUCGGCUGAGGAGGAACAGCAAACCUAUGUUCCGGUACAUUUUAUUCGCACCCAACAGGGUACCUUCUUUUGGACCUCGGCUUCUGAUUAUCAAUUGACCUGCUUGCAGCAACAAGAUCGUUGGGCCCAGGCUUAGAA